CCUCUCCUCCUCUGUCUCUCUCUGUCCAGCUGGCAUCCUCUGCAUUCACAGCCGCUUUUUCUGCCACUUUUCUCCGCUUUACAGCGUCUCGGUGUUGCAGCGGCUCCCACGGUGCUUUCUGGAUGCUUUUCAGGCUCUGUGAUUAAUACAGAGUGUGAGGGGAAGCUUUUUAACUUGAGAGCCACACAUGGAGCUGCAUCAAUGGUGGCGACACAUCAUUGUCUUCUUAGUGAAUACUUGGAUUCCAUCAUGCUUUGCCCAGACCACACCACCAGCACGCUCCAGCCCCAUGCCAACCCCUCAGACGGCAGACAACCUAGACACGCUGAAGUUUCGUCUGUCUGGUUUUCCUAGAAAGCACAACGAGGGCCGCAUUGAGGUGUUUUACAAAGGCGAGUGGGGCACCAUCUGUGAUGAUGACUUCUCACUGGCCAAUGCCCAUGUCCUCUGUCGCCAGCUAGGCUUCGUUUCGGCCACAGGCUGGACACACAGUGCCAAAUAUGGCAAGGGUGCAGGGAAAAUCUGGCUUGACAAUGUGCAGUGCAGCGGCAGUGAAACAAGUGUGUCAGUGUGUAAAUCUCGAGGUUGGGGAAACAGUGACUGCACUCAUGAUGAGGACGCCGGAGUCAUCUGUAAAGAUGAGAGACUGCCCGGAUUUGUGGACUCCAAUAUUAUAGAGGUGCAGGUGGACGAAAACAGGGUGGAGGAGGUGCGUUUGCGGCCCGUCGUCACUAUGGCUACUAAGCGGAUGCCAGUCACUGAAGGAGUCGUGGAGGUUAAGAAUAAGGACGGAUGGGCUCAGAUCUGUGAUAUUGGCUGGACACCCAAAAAUUCACGUGUGGUUUGUGGCAUGAUGGGAUUUCCCCAUGAGAAGAAAGUCAAUAAGAACUUCUAUAAGCAUCUCAGAAAGAGAUCAGCUGAACCAAAAGCUAAAGUUAAAGCAACCAGGCAGGAGUCCAAAAUUAAGGCUAUCACUAAAACUAGCUCUAAGCCUAAACGGGGCAAAUCAGCUGCGGCUAAAAGGCUGUAUGCUGAGCGGCAGAAGAACUUUUUUCUGGUUCAUUCAGUGGCUUGUUUAGGCACAGAAGUGCACUUGGCCGCAUGUCCUCUGGAGUUUAACUAUGGCAACGCCACCGAGUCAUGUCCUGGAGGAAUGCCUGCUGUGGUCAGCUGUGUGCCUGGACCACUGUACACACAGAGCCCUACUAUGAAGAAGAAACUCAAGAUGCCGCCUACUACACGGCUGAAGGGUGGAGCAAAAUAUGGUGAGGGUCGUGUUGAGGUGUUGAAGGGCAGUGAAUGGGGGACGGUUUGUGAUGAUCGCUGGAACCUGGUCUCUGCCAGUGUGGUAUGUAGAGAAAUGGGUUUUGGAUCUGCCAAAGAAGCACUCACUGGGGCCAGCAUGGGAAAAGGGUUGGGGCCUAUCCAUAUGAAUGAGGUGCAGUGCACUGGUAAUGAGCGCUCACUGUGGAGCUGCCGCUAUAAAAACAUCACAGCGGAGGACUGCAAGCACACUGAAGACGCUUCAGUCCGCUGCAAUGUUCCGUACAUGGGCUACGAAAAGACGGUGCGUAUCUUAGGGGGCCGAACACGAUAUGAGGGCCGUGUGGAGGUGUUGCACACAGAGGCGAAUGGGACGCUGCGCUGGGGCCUGAUAUGUGGAGAAGGCUGGGGCACGCAGGAGGCCAUGGUGGUGUGCAGGCAGCUGGGCCUCGGGUACGCCAACCAUGGCCUACAAGUGCGUCUGUCAGGCGGGCGUUCUCCGUAUGAGGGGCGUGUGGAAGUGCGGGUGGGGCAGCGGUGGGGCAGUGUGUGCAGUGAGGGCUGGAGCACUAAAGAGGCCAUGGUGCUAUGCAGACAGCUAGGGCUCGGGUUCAGCAUGCAUGCUAUUACUGAAACGUGGUAUUGGGACAGCAGUAACGUGACAGACAUGGUCAUGAGUGGAGUGAAGUGUACCGGUGAUGAGAUGUCCAUCAGCCAAUGCCAACACCACAGGACUGUAAACUGUCAAAAAGCAGCUGCGCGUUUUGCUGCUGGAGUGAUCUGUUCAGAGACUGCAUCUGAUCUGGUGCUAAAUGCUCAGCUUGUGCAGCAGACGACGUAUAUAGAGGACCGUCCCCUUCACAUGCUGUACUGUGCAGCCGAGGAGGACUGUCUGUCCAAGAGUGCUGCUAGUGCAAACUGGCCUUAUGGUCAUCGCCGCCUGCUCCGAUUCUCUUCGCAAAUACACAACAUCGGACGGGCAGACUUCAGGCCUAAAGCUGGACGACACUCAUGGGUCUGGCACGCAUGUCAUGGGCAUUAUCACAGUAUGGACAUCUUCACACACUAUGACCUGAUGUCGGCCAAUGGCACUAAAGUUGCAGAAGGACACAAAGCCAGUUUCUGCCUUGAGGACACUGACUGUGAUGAGGGUGUUUCCAAGAGAUAUGAGUGUGCAAACUUCGGUGAGCAGGGCAUCACAGUGGGCUGCUGGGAUUUGUAUCGGCAUGACAUUGACUGCCAAUGGAUCGACAUUACCGACGUCAAACCAGGAAAUUAUAUCCUUCAGGUUGUGAUUAACCCUAACUAUGAGGUUUCUGAGAGUGACUUCACAAACAACGCCAUGAAAUGUAAUUGCAAAUAUGACGGCCACAGGAUCUGGGUCCAUAACUGCCAUAUUGGUGACUCGUUCAGCGAAGAGGCUGAGAAGAAGUUUGAGAAAUAUCCUGGACAACUGAACAACCAGAUCUCAUAAUAUAAGCAACAGAAUGAGCUGAUUAGCAUACCCAGACAAUCUAGCAUGUAGGUUAAUUCAGUAACAAAUAUUUAUUCUUUCAAACCAGCCAUAAACUGAUUAUCUUUUGAAAUUAUGAAAAGCCUCAAAUUUUUUUUUAAAUCAAUAGCAGAACACCAAAGGACGCUCUGGCCCACUGAUUUUCUGGCUUCGGCAUAGUGAAAAUUCAACAUUAAUGAACAUUUGCUCAGGCUGUCAGUGGAACAGCCUACUGUAUGAGUUUACAGUGCUUUCAGGUGCUUGUUUUCUUAAAGCUUUAUAAAGCCUUGUGGGCAUGUCACAGCCGAUGUCUCUUUGUAAAAUGGUCAAAAGUACUUGAAUGUUUCAUACUCCGGAUUUGAGCAUUCCUGUCUAAAAGCUGUUACAAAGUGUGAAUGUAUGUUAUGCUUCAAAGCUCUGACUCUUAUUUUACUUUCAGAUCAACCUUCAUGUACAGCUUUCCCGUUGAAGCUUCCGUGAUGUUUUUACAUUGUUCUUCAUUUGUAUAUUUACUGAACUGUAUAAGCCUUCAUGUGUUCGGCUGCAGUAAAAUAACAUUUCAUGUCAUGUGCAACUCUGUUACAGAUGGAGAAUAAAGUGUUAUUUAAAGAUA